AGAGGUUGCCUCAGGACCAGGAGGAGGAGGGGGGGGUCGAGGGCAGUCCGCCGCCUCCCCUCCGUGGGCUCCGGGGCCGGGCCUGGCUGCCAGCCCGCCUCGCUCUCUCCCUCCUCCUCCUCCCGGUUCGGGGGGUCCCCGGGCUCGGCCCCCCGAACGCCCCUCUCUUCCGUUCGCCAUGUCAUUUCCUGUGCUAAUAAGAUGGUGGUCACGGCCGGGAGGGAGGGAGCCGCCGCAGCAGAAGGAGCCUCCGCAGAAGCCACCGAGCCCGGCCGGGCCCCAGGGCUCCUCCUCGCCUGGGAAUAGCGAGUCGGGCUGGAGGAGGAAGAAGAGGAGGAGGAGGGGGAGGAGGGCGGCCGCGGGGAGAGCCCGGCUGCCCCCGGACGACGACGACGACGAGGAGGAGGAGGAGAACAUGAGUGAAAAAUUGAAUGACUGCUUGGCGGAGAUGGUGACUAUCAAGGCAGAACCCUGCUCUCCAUGCCGGGAAGAGGAAUAUGGACAACUUUGCUCUGGAAAGGUUGACUCCCAGUCUGUGGAUGCGGAGCCUAAAAAGCUGAAAGGAAAGCAAGAUUUAAUCAUGUCAAAGAGUUUUCAUCAAGUUGAUUUUUGGUUUUGUGAGUCCUGCCAGGAGUAUUUUGUGGAUGAAUGUCCAAAUCAUGGCCCACCCGUGUUUGUGUCAGAUGCUCCAGUACCCAUUGGCAUCCCUGAUCGAGCUGCACUGACUGUCCCACCUGGCAUGGAAGUGGUGAAAGAGCCAAAUGGGGAGCAGGAUGUGCGCUGCGUGGGUGAGGUUAUUCCCAAAGGGCAUAUCUUCGGACCAUACGAAGGGAAACUCUCCAGUCAAGACAAAUCAGCUGGAUUCUUUUCUUGGCUGAUUGUUGAUAAGAACAACCGCUACAAAUCCAUAGAUGGGACAGAUGAAACUACAUCAAAUUGGAUGAGGUAUGUGGCCAUCUCCCGAGAAGAGAGAGAACAGAACCUGAUGGCCUUCCAGCACAGUGAGAAGAUUUACUUCCGAACCUGUCGGGACAUCAGGCCAGGGGAGAGGCUGAGGGUCUGGUACAGCGAAGAUUAUAUGAAGAGAUUGCACAGCAUGUCUCAGGAGACCAUCAACAGAAACCUCACAAGAGGGGAUAAAAAAUCACUACGGGAAAGAGCUGAAAGAAAUACAGAAAAUCAAGAGGAUACGAGCUAUCCCCUUGAGCUCACCACAUCAAAGCAAGGGAAGAGUCCCUACAAACGCAGCUUUGAAGAAGGUAUAUCCCAACCUCAAGCAAAGAAAAAGAAAAUAGAUCUCAUCUUUAAAGAUGUCCUAGAGGCUUCUCUAGAGUCAACAAAGAUGGAAGAGCACAAGGUCACGAGGAAUUCUACUCCUUCCACUAGAAAGUCUUCCAGAUUCCAAGCACAACAUGCCUCAGAGAAUUGUGGAACAGAUAUUCAACAAAGCUCUCCAAAACACAGUGGAAGCAGAAAUGAGAGUGAGUGGAAGGUCUCCCGUGGUUCCUCUUUCUCUGUGUCCAAAGAAACUGGCCUGCUGGAAGAUGAAGAACCCUUAUCCUUUAAAAUGAACAGUUCCACUAAUUUCUCUCUGGCAUCAAUAGAUGAUGAUGCCCUUGGUAUGCCAACAACUUCAUUAUGUCCUAACUGUGUACGGUUAAAGAAGAAGAUUCGUGAGUUGCAGGCUGAACUAAAUAUGUUGAGAUCUGGCAAAUUAGUGGAACCAUCUUUGCUACCUCCUCAGGUACCUGAGUACCAAGCAUUUUCAUACCCUGCAGCUUCAGAAACCAUCAUGUCUGUUCCCACCAUCAUGGAGGAUGAUGACCAGGAGGUAGAUUCAGCUGAUGAAUCAGUUUCAAAUGACAUGAUAACAGCCACAGAUGAGCCCUCCAAGAUGUCUGCCGUCACCAGGAGGAUUCGACGCUUCAAACAAGAAUGGUUAAAAAAGUUUUGGUUUCUGAGGUACUCCCCUACCUUGAAUGAAAUGUGGUGCCACGUCUGCCGGCAGUACACGGUGCAAUCUUCUCGGACUUCAGCCUUCAUCAUUGGCUCUAAGCAAUUUAAGAUACACACUAUAAAACUUCAUAGCCAGAGCAACCUCCACAAGAAGUGCCUGCAGCUCUACAGGCUCAGGAUGCACCCCGAGAAGACAGAAGAGAUGUGCCGCAAUAUGACUUUGCUCUUCAACACAGCCUAUCAUUUAGCUAUGGAAGGCCGGCCCUAUUGUGAUUUUCGACCUCUUGCAGAACUACUGAGAAAGUGUGAACUCAAAGUGGUGGAUCAGUAUAUGAAUGAGGGCGACUGUCAAAUCCUAAUCCAUCAUAUUGCUCGAGCUCUAAGAGAGGAUCUAGUUGAACGGGUCAGGCAGUCUCCCUUCCUCAGCAUCAUUUUGGAUGGGCAGAGUGACGAUCUACUUGCUGACACAGUUGCAAUUUAUGUACAGUAUAUCAGCAGUGAUGGCCCACCAGCCACUGAAUUUCUCUCUCUACAAGAGCUGGGUUUUUCUGCAACAGAUAGUUACAUUCAAGCAUUGGAUAGGGCUUUCUCCUCCUUGGGAAUAAGGCUUCAGGAUGAAAGGCCAAGUGUUGGUUUGGGAGUAGAUGGUGCUAAUAUUACUGCUAGCCUGAGAGCUAACAUGUACAUGACAAUCAGAAAAACUCUGCCUUGGUUGCUUUGUUUACCCCUUAUGGUACACAAGCCACACUUGGAGGUAUUGGAUGCAAUUAGUGGGAAAGAACUUCCAUGUUUGGAGGAGCUGGAGAACAACCUGAAGCAGUUACUCAGUUUUUACCGUUACUCCCCAAGGUUGAUGUGUGAACUAAGGAUCACUGCAGCUACUCUCUGUGAGGAAACUGAAUUCUUGGGAGACAUUAGAGCAGUCAAAUGGAUCAUUGGGGAGCAAAAUGUCCUCAAUGCUCUGAUCAAGGAUUACCUGGAAGUGGUGGCCCAUCUCAAAGAUGUCAGUGGGCAAACACAAAGAGCAGAUGCAUCUGCCAUUGCCUUGGCUCUCCUACAGUUCCUUAUGGACUACCAGUCAAUUAAGCUGAUAUAUUUUUUGCUAGAUGUAAUUGCUGUACUUUCACGCCUUGCCUUUGUCUUCCAAGGUGAAUACCUCCUUGUGUCACAAGUGGAUGAUAAAAUAGAGGAGGCUAUCCAAGAGAUCAGCAGGCUGGCAGAUUCCCCUGGUGAGUAUUUACAGGAAUUUGAGGAGAACUUCCGUGAAAGCUUUAAUGGUGUUGCUGUGAAAAACUUACGGGUGGCUGAAGCCAAAUUCCAGUCAAUUCGAGAAAAGAUAUGCCAGAAGACCCAGGUCAUUCUUGCUCAAAGGUUUGAGCCCCGCACCAGGGCAUUUGUGAAAGCAUGCCAGGUGUUUGACCUUACAGCUUGGCCAAGAAAUGCAGAGGAGCUUAUGGGCUAUGGUAGGGAAGAUAUGGUGCAAAUAUUUGAACAUCUGGAAGCAGUGCCAACCUUUUCCACUGACAUCAUCAGAGAAGGCAUGGACACCAGAGGGAGUUUGCUGAUGGAAUGGCGAGAACUCAAGGUGGAUUAUUAUACCAAAAAUGGCUUUAAAGAUUUAAUCAGUCACAUUUGUAAAUAUAGGCAGAGAUUUCCUUUUUUAAAUAAAAUAAUCCAGAUCCUCAAAGUCCUUCCCACUUCAACAGCCUGCUGUGAAAAGGGACGCAAUGCCCUUCAGCGAGUGCGCAAAAACAAUCGUUCUCGUCUUACCCUAGAGCAACUCAGUGACCUUUUGACAAUUGCCGUUAAUGGACCACCUAUUGCCAACUUUGAAGCCAAGAGAGCAUUAGAUAGUUGGUUUGAGGAGAAAUCUAGCAAUAGUUAUGCACUGUCUGCAGAAAUGCUUAGCAGGAUGUCCUCCCUGGAUCAAAAACCAAUGUUGCAGAGCAUGGACCAUGGAUCAGAAUUUUAUCCUGAUAUUUAGCAAUGAACGCCUCUCAUUUAGAAAGCUGUUGAAUUUUUUUAAAAAAUCAAUACUCUAAGCUUUGAUAUGUUAUAUGAAAUAUAUAUUAUAUAUAUAUAUGUAUGUAUGUAUGUAAACGCCACACUGAAAAUUUAAAAUCAGAUGAAAGCUAAGAGGAUUUUUUUAAAGAAUAAGACAACACUUAACAUUUAUUGACAUCUUCAACCGUGGCAGCUGCAAUGUAGGUGGCAACAUUUCAUUCUUCAGAAACAUGUGCUGAGGCCAUAGGCUACAUUUUCAAACUCAUUUUAUAAGCUAAACUUCACAGGCCAAUGUCACUCUACUUCUCACUAUAAUUUUGUGUGUGUGUGUCUGUUUUCUAUCUGCCUUUUCCCUGUUGUUAGUCACUUGUUGAGCCAUUUCAUGCCUUUGCUUAUGAUCACUGGGAUUUCUGAGCCCUUUGUGUAAGCCUUGGAGCUUCUUUCCAACUCCUUAACUUUAUCUAGAUUAGAGUGGUUCCUUACUCAUUCUUCCGAUGAUCUGGUUAACUGUUUUGUUGCUUAUUUCUGUCAAUUAGCUUGUGAUGCCCCCUUUUGGUAUUACACUCCAGUGGGCAUUUUCAGCUUAAAGCAGAUCUCCUGUGACAAUUCUAGUAACAAGGCAUAUAUCUUACAAUAUUGAUAGCAUGUUCAGAUGAAAAUAACAUAAUGCAGAUGAUGGGAAAUCUGGGGGGAGGGAUUGUUUUUGCAUUUAUAUUUUUAUAUAGUAGGGGGAUAAGAAAAGUAAUUGAAACUCUUUACUGAAAACCUGGGCUGCUGUGGAAGCUAAAUAGCCAGUGAAUCUAAUACCAUAAUAGGGCAGAGACUCACUGGCUUAAAAUAUAUGUAUGCUAAUUUUAUGUUAUUUAUACUCGGUCUUUAUAAUCAUAAAUGAAUUGUGUCUUCUGUUUGGUUUUUUUAAUGAAAGAAAUGCCUGCUAUAUUUUGUGGCAGGGAGUAUCAAUGCAAGAACCAACUUUGGUUGUUAUCACAUGGCAAGGUCCUUUGAGAGGUUCACAUAUCCUCAUUUGACUAAGAUUUGAUUUUCCAUUGGCAAAAGGAAAAUGAAAGAUGGUAUAUUCCUGUGAAUGGUUUCUUUUAAGGUUGCACAUUUGGGCAGGUGCACAAAAAUAGGAUUUCCAGGUGAAAUGAUAAAAACAUUUGUGGAGAUAUCCUUUUUUAACUCCAUUGCUUCAGGUCAAAUAAGCCCAGAUGAGCACAAAAUCUCCACAGCUGUUUGUACCAUGUCAUGCUAACUAUGCCAUGGAGCACUACCAUAAUAGCGCUAAAUGGUCACAGGAAUGAGCAGAAUCCUUUUUGCCCCAAAGAACUACUAGGAUGGCAUGUUUCCAGAGGGAUUAACCUCAUGCCAGUCUGCAUUGUUUUGGAUAUACCUACCACAAUGAUGUCAGUUACACUGUACCUUUCUAUAUUCCUUCCCAACACCCCCAUCUCUCCCACUCCCUUCCUGUUGGUCUUGGUGCUAAGGUAUCUCUGGAACCAUUGCUGCUAGAUGAUCGCUUUUCAUUUAUAUAGAUAUAUAAUUUUAUUUUUUAAACAGUAUGUUUUCAGUUAUUAUGUAGCCUGUUGUUAAAGCAGUCUCUCUUACAGUAUAUCUGCACCGGUGUCCUUUGCUGCAUCUAUUUUUAUUCUUCUUGUCCCUCAUUGGUCUAGUAAUAAUUUAGCAUUGUUCCCUUACAUAUGUGGUUCUUGUUUUCAGGACUCGAGACUCAUCAUUUUUUUUAAGAAAGCAUAGAAGAACGUUGAUAUGGUAUAUAAAAGAAGUAGGGAUAGAGGGCACAGUGCCUUCAUGCCAUUUCCAUGAGAUUAUAAAAUAUGUGCUGUUGUCUCCCACUCUAAAAAAGAGAAAACCUACAACUCUAGACUUGCAUAUACUUCAGAAAUAAUGCAGCUUGACACCACUUUACUUGCCAUGGCUCAAUGCUAUGCAAUUCUGGGGUUUAUAGUUUAUUGAGGCACCAGAGCUCUUUGACUAAAUAGCUCACAAAACUACAAAUUCCAGAAUUCCAUAGCAUUGAGUCAUGACAGUUAAAGCAGUGUGAAACUGCAUUAUUUCUGCAGUGCAGAUUAGACCUUAGUGAGUUGUCUGUAACAAGUGUACAUCAGCAUAAGGAUUGUAAAAGGGGAAAAUAAGAGUUAAAGGAGAAGUAAAGGUUGUGGAAGUUGGAAUAUGGGAUGUGGCAAAUAUUUGUCCAACCUAACUGGACAAAACAAAUAAAUGUUUCUGCUUCUGUCAUGUGAUACUGACUGGCAUACCGGGAUAGGUUGUGGGGGAGUGACAGGAGAUAGAAUAUAAACUGAGGCAAGCAAAGACAGGGAGCAAAUAUCAUGAAGUAUAGAUUGCAACAACUUCUAUAAAAAAAAUAUGUACCUGGAGCAGAUUGCAACAAUUUACAGUUGAAAAAUCCAUUUAACUGGCCAGGAAUCAUGCACUGCCUUCUCACACCAUUCCCCACCUUCAUGGAGAAGAAGCCCAGAGGUUGGCCCCUGGUCUGCUUCCUAGUAGUGUCUCUCUCCUUCAACUUCACAAGCAAUAGUUUGAGCUGGACUUCAAAAUGUCAUUCUCCACUAUUUCCUUUGGGGUGUUGGUAGAAAGAGAGACUGACGAGGAGAGAAGAUUGAUCAGGGAAUACAAAUGCAACAUAGUUGUGAGUGUUGUUAACUGUAGUUAUUUGAAGAGCACUGAUAUGGUCAAAGGCAACUGCAUAUCACAGGCAGUGAGCAAAAAGCAUUGCCAGUAAUAAUUUAGCCCACAGAGAAAAGUCCAGUCAGCUUAGUAUUUUUUCAUCAGCAAUAUUAACUCAAAGGUAGUUGUUAGUUACUCAAAAAGGGCACAACAGUUGGCUGAUUUGAUUAUAUAACAACCUAUGAAAAAGAUGAAUACUUCCACUAUUUCCUUACUGCCACUGUUUCAGCAUUUUAUGGGCCCUAUAAAUUAUGUACAGUCCAACAUGUACAUGGUUAAACAUGAUAUGGUUAAAAGAAUUAUUUUCUCUGGCUGACUUUGAAAGGGUUCAGAUAAAUAACAGAGCUUCUAGUCAAAAAUAUUUAAAGAUAAUUAUAUAUAUGGCUUAUACUUUGCCGGGCUCCCUUCCUGUAAGUGCUAGUGUUAUGGUAGACUAGGUAAAAAAGACAAAAUUGUGAUUUAUAUUAAGAAGCAAGUUAUUAUUUCAAAAUAAACUGCAUAGUUUUUAAAACAUUGUUCCAUUCCUCCCAAACAUGACAAGCACUAACUAAUCUGCACUUCACUUUGCCUAUUCAUUAGUCUGAACAAGAGAAAAAAAUUAGAGCACAGUUUGUUGCCUUAUGACAGGAGAGUAAGAUACUACUCAGUUAAUAUUCAUGAAAACUGUAGUAAUUAUUUAUCAUUGGUAAUUAGUAAAGGACACUAAUGGUACACAUUCUUGUACUCUGAUUAAGGCCCAAGGCUUAAUGGUUUGCAGAAGGCACAAAAUUAAAUGAUUUGUAGAGUAUUGUCUGUGUGAAAGAAUAAUAAAAUGAAAGACUUGGUAAGAAGAGAAAGGUAAUUCACUGCAAUCUUCUUCUGUUCCCAUUUCCAGGAGUUUGAGAGCAGUCCACAUUUUAAAAAAUUGUCUGUGCUGUAACUAAAUCAGGGCAUAAUCCAGCCAAAGUUAACCAAUUUCAAGUCUCCUUAGUUUAAGUGAAAGAAGCAAUCAUGUGCUUAAUUUACUCUCAUUAAAACCAAUCUUGUCUAACUUUGGUUAUAUCAUAUUCUAUGUUUUCUGGCACUGCAAUUUUUAAUAAGUAUUACUUGUCCAUGUGGAAAUAGUUAAUAUAACUUGGGUCAAAACUACACAGCUCUUUUAGGAGUCUGUUUACAUUUACAGGCUUGUCUUAGCAAGGUUACAAAAAUUGUCUUUCUUUUGGACAGAUGAUGAGUUUCCACAGCUGGGUUCCAAAAUUGUCAUUUCAAAACAUGUUAUACUUGGUGGUCAAGUAUUGCUUGUUUUAGUGGAGCACAAAAGAUAGAUUCCUAAAGUAAAACUCUGGGUCCAUUGAAAUCAGUUCUAUGCACAUCAUCAUCACACCAGUGAAGCCAUCAUUUGAGUCAAUAUAAAGCUCCCCCACCUCCACCCCAUGUGACACAUUCAGAAUUUGCUUUCAAGGGCUGGGAGCUGCCCUUGAUUUUGGCAGAUUUGGGGCAGCACUAAGGGAGGGGGAAACAGAAGGAAGGAGUGGAGAAAUUCUUGUUAUGCUAGUGGACGUAUACUAGCUCUUAAGAUUGCAUCCUGACCCAAGAAUCUAACCCACAGUCUUGUAUAAAAUAUUGUAGUAUCAAUUUUCUUCUUGCCCCUUUGCAGUGGGGGGGUGGGAUUCGUCAGUUAUCAAAUGGCUAACAUACAGACUUAAUUGUGUAGUCAAACUUGAUCUGUUAUGUGAGAGACAUGUCAGCAAUGCUGGAUCAGAUAAAGAGUUCCUUUGAUAUGGAAGUUGAUAGCCAGCUGUGUGGAGAUGCUGGGUAAGUAAGGAUUAGAGUGAAAUCAUUGUGUUGCUGGGCAAAACAGGAUUUCAUUGCCUUUUGGAGGGGUAAAGCUUUCAGUAGUCAUAUUGGAUCAAAUAUUUGUUUAAGCUCAGUUGUUAUGCUCUAACUAUUUGGUUGCAGGUUAAAUCAGACCAAGCUAAAGACAGGUUGAAAAAAAAUGCAGUAAAAAUAAAGUACACUAGAGGGCAUCAGCUGUUAAAGUAUUCAUAGAUGUCUAGGGUGGCACAAGAGAGAGAACAUUAAUUUUUCAGCUGGUAAUGGCCUACAUGGUUCUUAGUCAAAAUAUCUUAUAUAGGUUUUUUUGUUUUUUUGUUGUUGUUUUUUUGCAGUCAGGAGGAGAUAAAAGGGUCCAUCUUCAGAAACCAGAUGAAUCAGUCUAUUAUGUUCAGGGAAGAGAUUGUUAAGAAUGUGUGAGCUCUUAUAUUUCUAAAUGAUAAAAAGAUACAAUUUAUAAUCAAGUGUUUCUAUUGUGUUCAGCACCUAACUGACUAAUUUGUGCAUAUCACUCUGUAAACCUUGACUCCUUACUGAGACUUUUAUCUUAUUGAGGACUGAUUGCAGAUAUCCUGAGCGUCUUUUAACUCAGGCUCUUCCACAGUGGUAUGUAUGCAUCUGGACAAAACAUACUAAACACAUAAGCUAUCACCAUACAGGCAGCCUACCAGUAAAGCAUGAGAUCAAAUUCUUAUGGCCAAAAGCCAAACACUACAAGGAGUAUCAUAACAAAACAGGAAACCAAAGUGUUUUUUCCUACAUUUGCAAAAGCACAGUGAGGACACAUGCAUGGAAAAGGCAAGUAAGUCCUCU